AUGAUGGAAAUUGCACCGGAGACUGCGCGUCCUGCGGUGAAAACCACGGGCGUAAUUAGCACGAACACAAGUGAAGAGCAGCCUGCAACUGGAUAUAUGCAAGGAUGGGCUCUCGCCUCUUUUACCUUGGCCCAAAUGUCCAUCUGCCUCGUGCUAGCUAUUGAUAAUACUAUUCUAGCGACGGCAAUACCCAAGAUCACCAGCGACUUCCACAGCCUUAACGACAUUGGCUGGUACGGCUCUUCCUACUUGAUCGCGCAGAUGGCACUGCUGCCGACCUGCGGCCGCCUCUACACAUUUUACAACAUCAAGUGGGUGUACUGCAUCUCGCUGGCUGUUUUUGAAAUCGGCUCCAUCGUCGCGGCAGUCGCCCCAAAUUCUAUGGCGCUUAUCAUAGGGCGGGCGGUCUCUGGCCUUGGCGCUGCUGGUUUGGUGAGCGGGACGACAACUAUUCUGUCGUAUUGCGUGACUUUGAAAAAGCAGGCGAUGCUGUCACCUAUUGUCUUGGGCAUGUACAACAUCGGAUCGGCAAUUGGACCACUCGUGGGUGGUGCGAUAACUGACAAUAAGGUGCUGACCUGGCGGUUUGUUUUCUGGAUCAAUCUCCCCUUCGGAGCUGUUGCGCUGGUUCUGGUCUGGUUCACCUUAAAAAGACCUCCACCCGCAGUAAAGGGUGACCUACCCUGGGACCAGAAGUUACGUCAACUUGACCUUCUGGGAGCUCUUCUGCUGCUCGGUGCCACGUGUUGUUUGAACUUGGCAUUACAGUGGGGUGGAAUCGUCUACCCAUGGUCUGAUUCCAAGGUAUUCGGGUGUCUGAUCGGAUUUGGUCUACUCUUGAUUAUCUUUUUAUGCUUGCAACUCCGAGGCAAAGAAAACGCGAAUAUCCCUCUUCGAAUCUUUCGAAGUCGUACCGUAUCGGCAUCAUGCGGCUUCAUGAUGCUCGUUCAGGUGGCAAUAGUUGUGCAAUCGUACUAUUGGCCCAUAUACUUCCAGUCCGUCAAGAACACCAAUGCCAGAGACUCGGGGAUCAACCUACUUCCAUUGAUCGUGUCAAACAGCCUCGGCAUGCUCUGUGCGGGGUCCAUAGCGUCGAGAUUCGGGCACUAUGUCCCGUUCAUGUGGAUUGGGCCCCUCAUUUUAGCUACCGGAGGGGGUCUAUAUCAACUAAUACGUCCCGACAGUCCCCGUGGACACUGGAUAGGGUUUCAAAUCCUAUCUGGGCUUGGCUAUGGCAGCUGUAGCCAAAUGCCAAUCCUAGCUGUGCAGGUUGUUCUCAGCAAACCGGACAUACCAACGGGCCUUGUCAUGAUCAUGUUUUUCCAGAUGCUUGGAGGGGCGUUGGCUCCUAGCGUUGGGCAGAACAUCUUCACUGAUGGGCUUUUGCAAAAUCUCAACAAGUUGCAGGGAAUAGACAGUGAAGCCAUAGUGGCGGCCGGUGCAAGUGGUUUCAGGGAGAUAGUUCCUCGAGAUCUAAUGGAUGCCGUCAUUGACGCAUUUAAUUCUGCUUUGCGGAAUGUGUUCUGGGUUGCGGUUGCUACACCUGCCAUUGCUUGGAUAACAAGCUGGGCAUUGGAAUGGCGGCAAUUGCCUGGCUCGAAGAAAAAGGUUACCCAAUAUCCGGCCGAGGAAGCCGUGGAGAAAUAG